UUCAUUAGCGCCUCCCACGAGCUCGUCAGUUCACCGGCUUUUUUUCGACAAUAUGUAAUAAAAUGUUUUAGUCAUUUAUAUUCAUACACGUUUUAUUUUUUUAUUGUGUAUUACGAAAACUCGGCGGAUCAAUAACCAAAUGGAGCGCUAUUUCAUGACGCUAAACCACUAAGUUAGCAGCUAGCUGUUUAUUUAAAAUUCACUUCCCGUUUGUUUUUAGCUCUCGGGGCUAACCACGACAUUUUAGACUGGCUCAGCUAUGUUUUUGGUUCGACUGGAUAUUUAUAUUUUAAAUCGACAUCAUGGAUGAUGUUAUUUUGCUAAGCUCUGGAAGUGACGAGGACUCGGAUAUCGAGUUUGUUAGCAGUUACAGAGAUGACAGCUCUAAUAGCAUCCCGUUUAUCACCGCUGAGCUGCUGCCUGUCACACCUGUUCUUAUCGAUAUCACAGGUCACCGCUUCUCAUCAGACGGAACGAAACCUUCAAGAAGACUAAAGAAACUGUGUUCCACUAUAGAAGUCAUCGAUCUGAAUGAUGUAUCCGAAUCACUUGUCAGCUCUACAGCCAGGUCGCCUGGAAAAGUUCGCCAGUCGUCGUGUUCAGUGGAUCUUGAGAAAGAUGUGAUUAGUUUGGACUCAGGUGAUGGGAAUGACAGUCAGUCACCUGGUCCUGUGUCAUGUGAUCAAGAAAACACUUACACAAACCACUGCAACAGCGUUCAGUCACACUUACAAGAUAGCAGCAUGCAAAGCUCAGGAAACAUUUUGCACCAUUCAGGUCUAAAAAACAUUUCGCUUGAAUCUGAGACUUCUAAUGGACUCCCAGAUUUUUUUGAAGCACAGGACACUAAUCAAAUAUCCACAUCACCUCCUGCUGAAAAAAAUCAAGAUCACAACGAAAGUUUGGACUCCCCACACAGCUGGCUGAACAAAGCGCUGUCGCCUUUCACCCUUACCAGCCCAUACUACUGCCCGAGUGAAAUCGAUGCAGCCGUGUUCUCUGACGAAUCCCUUAAUCUUUAUAAUGAAGACAUGGACCUGAAAUACCCAACAUGCAGCUUUGAUAAACCAGAAUCCCCAUUUAAUGUUGAUGAACCCCAAGAAAAAAUGCACACAAACACUUUAUCACCUUCUUCAGUGCCUGUUAACCAGACGUUAUCUACCUCAUCCCAGUCACCACUGCUCCUCAGUCCCACGUCUACAGAACUCCUGGCUGGAGAUUCAUCAGAAACGGGGUCUGAUCUGCUCAUUGAGAGUCCACCUGUCAGUCCUGUGAAGUUCUCUUACCCUCUUAGUCCACCAACUCAACUGGUGUCAGGUAUAAAAGGCUCUACUUCAGUGUUACAAGCAAGCGGCAUGGACAGUGAUGGUGCAGAUAUUUCUGAACCCCAUGCAGAAGACAGACAGCAGAUUUCUUUGGUGCAGUACAGAAAAAUGAAACGUUUAUUGGGAGGACCAGUUCAAGAUAUGCACACAGGCGAUGAGGACAACAAAGAGUUCGGCAUGGCUGAGCCUCUGUGUAGGCAGAGCCUGAGUCUGGUCUACAGCACCAUAGAAGAGAACUACACUGAGGGCACAUUACAGCUCCUCUCUGACCUGAUCCAACCUUGUUAUUACCCCCCUGCCGAUAUCACGUCUCACCUUCUGAGGGGAAUCCUGCUGAAGCCGCAGUGCUCUCGAGUGCUGGCGUUGGAAGCCUUCAACCUGCUGAUGAGGACACAGAAAUACCACCCUGCGGACAGAUCAACUAUCCCAUGGGACUGGGAGUUAUUAUCAUCUGUGAUGGCUGAACAGGACGAGGCGAGGAAACUGUGCGGUGAGGUGCGCCUUCUCCUGCUUCAGUACGUGCUGCAGGUUUUGGAAGACGACUUUAAUUUCAAGCUCACCAUGCUGCGGCCCCACCUCUCCAUCGCUAACGAGAUACUCUCGUGUGAUUACAGGCACGCACAGGUCAGUGAACUCUUGACCUGGCUAUUAGAUGCAGCCAAACAGUCAUUCUGUACUAUUGAGGAUAAAGAAAUGCAAAAGAGGGAGCGAAACUGCUGUCUUAAGAUGCUGCUAAUUCUGCAGAGGAUGCUGUUAUUAGCCAUGGAGGUGGACCUCAGACCCACCUGCAGCUCCAGUAAGCUCUCUCAGGAGCUGUGUACCAGUCUCAACAGCAUGGCACCAUGCAGGCGGCUCAGGUUUUUGUUGUUAAGCACGCUGCAGAGUAACCUGCUAAGGUGUAAGAUGGUGGAGCUGCUGCUGGAUCAGUCCUGCUCUCAGAAGAGGGUGUUGCCCAUGUCCUUCAAACUGCUGCUGCACUUCCUGCACACGUCCACGCUUGAACCAGAUCCAUCGGAUGGCACGGAGAGAUGGAGAAGGUGGGAUGAGCUCCUGCAGCUUGUCUGGAUGCUCAUGCUCAGCUACCAGGAAGUUAUAACAGGUCACCUUCGCUACUCCAUUACAGAGCGGUUUAAGCUGACCCGCGCUCCCAUGUGGACCCAGAACGACCACCUGACCAGGGACGCGGUCCAAGAAGCAGCAGAAGUGUUUCUGUCCCGUGCCGUGGAGGAUCUCGGCCACGAUCUCCCCUCCCAAAUCCAAGAGUCAUUAUCCCAGCUGCAAGAACACCUACUGAGUAUCUCUUUGCAAUAACAGACUAAAGAAAUUAAUAUAUAUAUGUAUAUACUGUAUAUGUAUAUAUGUGUGUGUGUGUACACAUUGGCGGCACGGUGGUGUAGUGGCUAGCACUGUCGCCUUGCACCUCCAGGGUCCGAGUUCGAUUCCUGGCCUGGCUCGAUUCUCGUCUCUGUGUGCAUGGAGUUUGCAUGUUCUCCCCGUGCUUGGUGGGUUUCCACAUUCCAAAGGUAUGCAGGUUAGGCUAAUUGGCAUUCUCAAAUUGCCCGUAGUGAGUGUGUGUAUGUGUGUGUGCCCUGCAAAAGAUUGGCACCCUGUCCAGGGUGUACCCUGCCUCAUGCCCUAAAUCUCCUGGGAUAGGCUCCAGACUAAAGAAAUUA